AUGUCUUUAAAAAAUGUUAGAAAGUGGUGUAGAGAAUUUUCAGGAGGUCGGACGGAAAUUCAUGAUGAACAAAGAAGUGGGAGACCUUCGAUUUCAGACAAGCUAAAAGAACAAAUUGAAAGAGAGCUUCGUGAAGAUCGACGAGUGACGGUUCGAGAUCUCGAACAAAGAUUUGAGUUGUCAAAAAGCAUCAUUCAAAGGUUUUUUAAUGAUAUGGGCUAUCACAAAUGUUGUGCUCGGUGGGUGCCUAAAAUGUUGACCGAGGACCAUAAGCGCCAACGCAUUGAGACUUCUCGAGAAUUUUGUCUCAUUAUGCCGAACAAGGAGAGGUUUUUCUUGACUCCAUAG